AUGAUAUGGAAUUCUCGUGGUACAGGCGCGAAGUCAUUUCCUAGCCUGAUAAAAGACCUGAAAAAACACUUUGUUCUGGAUUUCCUUGCCCUGGUAGAAACUCGUUCAGACAAACAGAAAACUGAAAAAAGAAUCGGUGGGAUUGGUUUUCAUGACUACACAUUUAUAGAAGCAGAAGGAUACAGCGAGGGUAUUUGGUGCCUUUGGAACGCUGGAGUUCGAAAAGUUGAAGUGAUAGAAAGGCAUCGGCAAUUCUUACAUCUAUAUUUAGAGACCUCACGACUAGAGCGCUAUUUCUUCACUGUUAUUUAUGCGAACCCCCAUGUGAUGAAUCGUCGGUCUCUUUGGGGUGAACUUCACCGCAUUGACAGCGCCAUGCAUGAUCCCUGGAUCAUUGGGGGAGAUUUCAACGCCACCCUUUUCUCGUCUGAACGCCACACAGUCGCUCCGAAUGGCUGCUCGGUAGACCGUGAUUUCUGCAACUGGUACGAAUCCUCGUCCUUGACAGAUAUCGGUUUCGUGGGUCCUUACUUUACAUGGAAAAGAGGCAGUACAGAGGCACUCCUGGAUCGCUACUUAGCAAAUGAGGCUUGGUGCCGUCUGUUUCCGAAUGCACGUGUGUCUCAUUUGCCCUUCUAUAAAUCUGAUCACCGACCAAUUCUACUUCAACUGAAACAACAUGAUGAUCACCCAUGCAGGCCGUUUCGGUUCCUAGCUCCCUGGGUACUUCAUGGGGAUUUUCACAAGUUUGUUCAAGAUAACUGGCAGGAGGACGUGGAGUGGAAUCAUAACAUGCGUCAGUUCGCACAGGCUUGUAGUUCUUGGAACAAACAGAAGGAGCUGGAAGAAAUUAUUAGCCAAGAAGCUCUUAUAUGGGCACAGAAGGCGAGAGUCAAAUGGUCAGUCUAUGGCGAUAGGAACACUAAGCUAUUUCAUGCUCGUGCAAACAGGCGCCGUAAAACUAAUAGAGUGGAUGCUUUACGCUUGGAAGGAGACUGGUGCUAUGAUCUGGAAGUGAUAAAACACGAAGCCACUGCUUACUUUGCUACUUUGUUCACCGAAGACUCCCCCCACCGUGCUGUGUUGCCGUGCGCGGUGUCAUACCCAGUUAUUGAUGAGACUAUCUUACGUGCUUGUGGGAGAGAUGUGGACGAACAAGAAGUGAAAGAGGCUUUAUUCAGUAUGGGCCCUCUGAAGUCACCAGGACCCGAUGGCUUUAAUGCUCUAUUCUUCCAAACUCAAUGGAGUAUUACCAGAAAAUCUUUGGUAAGCUACGUUAAGUAUUUGUUCUCGAAUCCGACAGACAUUAAAACAAUUAAUGGCACGUUUGUAGUCUUGAUUCCCAAAAAAGACCCUCCAGAAGUGCUGAAAGACCUAAGACCCAUUAGUCUCUGCAAUGUGGUCUAUAAAGUGAUUACUAAGAUUGUAUCUAAUAGGUUGAAAGUUAUCCUGCCCCGAAUUAUUUCUCCUAAUCAAUGUGGUUUUGUCCCUGGUCAGCUUGGUUCGGACAACAUUAUUGUGGCGCAAGAAGUGAUCCAUUCUAUGCGUACCAUGAGAGGAAGGAAGGAAUGGCUAUUAAGAUUGAUCUUGAGAAGGCUUAUGAUAGAGUGA